AUGGUGUCUGAGCUCGAGCGCCAGGUGCAGCUGCAGCGCAGCAGCAGCAGCAGCAGCAAAAGCAAGUAUGGGAUCGUGUCGUUUAUGUACGAUCCCAGGGAUGCGGCGCUGCUGGACCGCUACGCAGUGCAGCAAGCAGCAGCAGCAGGGCUGGAGGUGCUGCAGCAGCAGCAGCCGCUGCUGCAGCUGUUCGCUUCAUUCUUUUCGCCUGAGCAGCAGCUGCAGCAGCAGCAGCAGCAGCAGGACCUGCAGCACGAGCAGCAGCAGCUGCAGCAGCUGCGCGUCUUGUGCUCUCUUCUCUCCCCAUUCUUCCUGAAGCAAGAGGCUCACUGCUGCAUUGAGUUGCUGCUGCAGCAGCAGCAGCUGCACGAGAGGGAUCCUGAGGCGCUGCUGCUGCUAGCGCUGCCGUUCUAUGAGACGCUGCUGUUCAGCCGUUUGCUGCUGCUGCUACGGCUGCAGCACAACUCCCCGUGGCUGCCGCUGCAGCAGCAGCAGCGGCAGCACCAAGACCUGGGCAGCCCAGUCUCAAAGCAGCAGCUGCAGCGCGUGAUGCUGCAGCAGCGAGGUGCUUGGGAAGCUGUUGCUGCUGCUGCUGCUGCUGCGCUGCAGCCGCUGGAGCAGCAGCUGCUGCGCUGCGGGAUAUCCGUGCCUCCCGAUCUUGCUGCUGCUGUUGCUGCUGUUGAUGGGCGGCUGCUGCACGUGCCGCUGCUACGGCUGUUCUCCUCUGUGGGGUCUGCUGCUGUUGCUGCAGCAGCAGGGCAGCAGCUGCGGCGUUUAGCCCCCCCGCUGCUGCAGACAGUCUUUGCUGCUAUGCGGGGCCCUGCUGCUGCUGCUGCAGUUUACCCGGAGGUGCAGCAGCACAUGCUGCUGCUGCUCUGCCGCCUAGUAAAGAAGACGCCGCUGCAGCAACAGGCGCUGCUGCGCAUCAUUAGCUGCUUGCUGCAGCCGCUGCUGGUGCUGCAGCAGAAACAGCAGCAGCACCUGCUGCUGCCGCAGACAGUUCAGGCGGUGGAGGUGCUGCAGCUUAUCGCGCAGCAGCAGCAGCAGCAACUGCUGCUACUACAGAGGGAACAGCUGCUGCUCCUCACCAGAUUGGAAAAGCUCCCCCAAGCAGUGCAGGAGGUGUUGUCAAUGGGGUGUACUGACGCCUGCGCCUUCCUGGGGCUCCUUUUCCGGUCAGCGCUGCGGCAGCUGCUCGUGGAGACACAGCAGCAGCAGCAGCAGCAGCAGGAAGAGCUAAGCCCUCUCGGCGAGCAGCUGCUGCGGCUGCUGAUGAGGGUGUCUGCGCUGAAGCAGCAGCAGCAGCAGCAGCAGCAGCAGCAGCAGCAGCGGGCGAGAGCAGCUCCCCAUGCUGUCUGUAUCGCUUUGGCUAUAAUUGACGCUUUCUGUGGGGCUACAGCCGCUGCUGCUAGCAGCAGCAAACGCAGCAGCAGCAGCAGCAGCUGCGACAGCAGUGACAGCGAGACUUCUGCCAGCAGCAGCAGCCCGAGAAGCUGCGAAGGCAGUAGCAGCAACAGCAGCAACAGCAGCAGCAGCAGUAAACAGUCAGAUGUGCCCCGCAGCUUCUUGUUGCUGCUGCAGCAGCUGCUGCAGCGGCUUGACGCAACCAACCCCCUGGCGCUUCCUGCUGCACUCACCAUGGCAGCGCAGCAGCAGCAGCAACAGCAGCACGAGGCGCUGCAGCUAUUUCUGUCUACGGCCUUCAAAGGCUUUGCUUCCGUUGCGGUGCCACUGAAGGUGAAAACUGCUGCUGCUGCUGCUGGAAGCAGCAGCAGCAGCAGAAUUUCUCUAUUAUUCGCGUUGAGUGCUGACGAUGCGGCACUGAGGCUUCAUGCAGUCCGUGCUGCUGAUGCAGUGCUGCAGCAGCAGCAGCAGCAACAGCAGCAAGAUACCGACUCCGGUGAAGCAGCAGCAGACAGACGGCCUCGCCUUUUGGCCUUUUUGUUGCUGCAGCGAAUAGCGGAUGAUGACGUAGAAGUUUCGACUGAACUGCCAGCAGCAGCAGCAGCUGAAGAAGCAGCAGAAGCAGGAGCAGCGGGGGCUGCAGCAGGGACAGCUGUUGGCCUGCACUGGCUCUUGUCUGCUGCGCUGCUGGAGUUUGUUGCGAGCAGCGCCCGCCAUCCUGCUGCUGCAGCAGCAGCAGGAGCAGCGGCAGUGGCGACGGUGUCUGGCAAGGCACCAGCAGCAGCAGCAGCAGACGCAGCAGCAGCUGCUGCUGCUGCACACAACGCCCUACUUCCCCCAGGGGUCCCUGCGCAGCAGCUGGUGCUGCACGCAGGCCGGACUUACGAGGCUAUUCUUGUGGCGGAGCAGCAGGAGCAGCCGCUUCUGCUGCAGCAGCAGCGGCAGCAGCAACAGUGCUUAGGCGCUCUAGCCCGUGCUGCAGUUGCUUCCUUCUGCAGCUUCCUAGGCUCUGCGCUUUUGCCGGGCGACGCGUCGCAGCUGGCAGGAAUGCUGCAGCAGCAGCAGCAACAACAACAGCAGCAGCAACGGCAGCAGCAGCAACAGCAGCAGCAGGCGGCAGCCGUACUUGGCUUGCUGCUGCUGGGCCUAGCGGAUGCUGAGGCAUUCGCGCAGCCAUUAGCUCUCGUGACCUCUUGCCUGGGGCAGCAGCCGGUGCUGCUGCUGUCGUUUCUUGCUGCAGCAGCAGCAGCGGCGCAUACGCGCAUUGCAAAUGGCCAGCAGCAGCAGCAGCAGCAGCGGGGCCGGGCAAACAGCGGACAGUUGGCAGAGGAAGUUGAAGAGGUCGAGAAGCAAGAGGAGAGACCGCAGCAGCAACAGCAGCAGCAGCAACAGCAGCAGGCCUCAUUGUUGGAUGCUGCGGUGCCGCUGCAGCAGCCCGCAGUGCUGCUCGAUGCAUGCGUUGCUGCGCUGCAGUUGCAGCUAGAGCUGAUUUCUUCUCCUGUUGCAGCAGCAGCUCCCGCAGCAGCAGCGCCGCUGCUGGCCCCCCCAUCUUCAGCAGCAGCAGCAGCAGCAGAAGUGGCUGCACUUCUUGCUGCUAACUGCGUGGUGCUGCUGGGGUCUUCCGUCGAGUCUGUUCGUUUUGCUGCAGCGGCGCUGCUGAAGCAGCUGAACAGACUUGCUGCUGCUCACCGCAGCAGCAGCAGCCAAAGCAGCAACAGCAGCAGCAACAGCAGCAAAAGCAAACCCGCAGGAACAGCAGCGCAGGAAAUCCUGCAGCUGCUGCUGCCGCUGGGCCUGGUGUCUGCGGAGUGGCGCGACUGUAGCAACAGCGAUGAGGCGCAGCAGCUGCUGCUGCAUGCGAACUCCAAUUUCGCUGCCUUUGCUGCUGAAGUGCUGGCGUCACCGCUGCUGCCCGUGAAGCCGCUGCAGCAGCUGCAGCUGCAGCAGCAGAAGCAGCUUUCUUCCAGUGCAGCAGCGUACUAUAUGCUGCUGCUGCUGCUGCUGCCAAGGCAGCAGCAGGUCGUCGUCGCCCCGCUGCAGCGCCUGUGGGACUCCGCAGCUCUGCUGAAGCUGCUGCUGCCUCUAGCCAGCGGUUUGCUGCUGCGCAUCAUCUCCAGCAACAGCAGCGAUGGCAGCAGCAGCAAUGGCAGCAGCAGCAGCAGCAGCGGCAGCAGUAGGACGAUGCCACGCACAAGAGCACAAGCGCGCGCAGCUGCUCUGCAGGCCUCAGAUGCUGCUGCAGCAGCUCCAGCAUCUGCAGCAGCGGCAGCAGCAACUGCAGCAGCAACUGAAGCAGCAGACACGCAUGAAUACGUGCUGCUGCAGCUGACCUGGCAGCAGCUGCAGCAGCUAGCUGCGAGCGAAGUGGAAUCAGCGCAGCAGCGGCUAGCUGCUCUGCUGAGCAGCGAGUUGGCGGAGCCUCUAGCUGCUGCUGUUGCUGCUGCUGUCGAGCGCCAACAUGCAGCAGCAGCAACAGCAGAAGCAGAAGAUGAGGAGCUGGAGGGAGCGAAGCUUCCCGCUGCUGUGCUGCAGGCGAUUAGGGAGCUGCUGUUGUUGCAGCAGCAGCAGCAGCUGCGAACCCUGCCGAAGCAGCGGCUGCUGCUGCUGCUGCGCCUUGCCACCCCAGCAGCAAAAUGCCCUGCACUUGCUGCAGUGCUGCGCAGCAGUGCUGUUGCUGCUGCAGCAGACUCGGCGCCGCUGCCGCCGCAGCAGCUGCAGCAGCUUGCUGACGAGAUUGCUGUGAGCCGCAGCAGCCCUGGAGCAGCAGCAGCAGCAGCAGCAGCGGGGUCGACGCCGCGCCGCAGCAGCAAACGGCUAGCUGCUGCUGAGGCACAAAGGGGACAGACCGACACCAGCAGCAGCAGCAGCAGCAACAGUAGCAACAUUUGCUGGUGCAGCGGGGCCGAUGUCAUUUUGUCCGAUAUUCUGGGGGAUAUGCUGCAGCAGCAGCUCACGCGCCCCUCAUUUUUGCUGCAGCAGAGCUAUGCGCCGAUGCUGCAGGUGCUGCAGCACAUUUUCGCUGCCUUGGAACGCCUGCUGCCUGCAGCAAAAGCAGCAGCAGUGGCAAGAGCAGCAGCAGCAGAUGCAACGGCAGCAAGUCGGGUUCGCCGCGUGACAGCGCAGCUUUUCACUUGCUGCAACGCUCAGUUUGCUGCUCUCAGGUCUCGGUUGCUUAUGCAGGGCAGCAGCAGCAGCAGCAGCAAGGAGAAGCAGCAGCAGCAGCAGCUCCUGCGUCUUCUGCAGCAGCGCUGCAUGGACGUCGCGGAGCAGCACCAGCAGCUUUUAGAUGCUUCAACCUUCGCUGCUGUUCUCCGCUGCUGCACUGCAGCAGCAGAUAUGCUGCAGGCCCAGCAGCAGCAGCAGCAGCAGCAGAAGCUCGUAGUGAUACGGCAACUGCUGCUCGAGUUCGUCAACAGCUGCUGCAGCAAAGACCCCUCGCUGCUGCUGCAGCGCUCCUCCCUCAGUGCUACGUGCGCAAUGCUGCACAGCCUAGCAGCAAAGGAGCAGCAGCAGCAGCAGCAAGAAGAGGAGGAAGGGCAGCAGCAGGAAGAAGGCAGCAGCGGCGGGACAGGGGCCUUUGCUGCGGAGAUGUCUGUCUGCUGCUUGGCGCCUCUUGCUGCUGCUGCUUUUGACUGCUCACUCCAGGAAACGCUGCAGCAGAAGCAAAGAGCAGCAGCAGCACGGCAGCAGCUGCUGCCAACUGCAGUAGCUUUGACUCAAGCAGCAGGGGCUUCCUCCCUAGACGGCUGCGUUGCUGCGCUCCUGCUGCAGUGGGAGUGUGCUGCUGCGGCGCGAAAGAGACUGAUGCGUCAGCAGCAGCAGCAGCAGCAGCGACAGCAGCAAGACACUGACGACGAGGAGGCAGCAGCUGAAGAUGCUGAAGAAGCUGAAGAGAGCAGCAGCAGCAGCAACAGCAGCAGCACGCAGUGGGAGACACGAGAACAAACAUUCCGCAAUUUGCAGGAGUUGCUGGUGCAGCAGCUGCAGCAGCAGCCGGCGCUGCUGCAGCAGAGAGCGGCGAGGAUGUACGGCUUCGCGCUGCUGCUGCAGUGCCAGUCUGUAGCCCUUGUUGCUGCUGCUGCUGGGCCUGCCGGCGCAGCAGCAGAAGCAGCAGCAGCAGCAGCAGAGUUCAAGGGUGCAGGCGCUGUUGCUGCUGCAAAUGGUUUGCUGCAGCGCAACAGAGAUUUGCUGCGGUGUACGUACACCCCGUGCCACACUUUGUGGGCAUCGCAGCUGCAGCCAAGAGGAGCAGCAGCAGCACCAGCUGCUGCUGCUGCUGCUGCUACAGUAGCAACACGGGCAGCAAUUAGCUGCGUUGCUGUUGCUGCUGAGGUAUGGAGGUACUGCGGCGGCGGCAAGGAUGCAUUUGCUGCUGCUUCUGAAACGCGUGCUGCAGCAGCAGCAGCAGUCAACGCGCUGCUGGCUUUGCGGACUCUGUUAGCAGAAAAGCUUCCUCUCCAGCUAAGAGGUGCAGCAGCGCGUUUGCUGCUGCGGCGGCAGCAGCUGCUGCUCGACUGCGCAGACGCAGCCCUUGAACACGCCCUGAGGGGGUGCUCUCCAGAAUUCGGGUCGCUGCUGCUGGCUCUGGACGUUUGGGAUGUCCCGGUGGGGAGCAGCGAGGCGAUGGCUGUGGACGGGCCUGCAGCAGCAGCAGCAGCGGGAGCAGCAGCAGCAGCAGCAGAAGAGGACAACAAGCUGCUGUUGCUUGUGCAGGGCUUGGAGGCCGUGGGUGCGCAGCGGCUGCUGCUGCUGCUGCAGCGCAAGGUGACUGCUGCAGCAAAGACAGUUAUUGCAGCAGAAGCAGCAGCAACAGACAGGGCCCAACAACAGCAGCAAAAGCAGCAGCGAACGAAGAGGCAACGCGCUGCUGCUGCUGAUUUGGUUUCCGUGGGAGGCCGAGGAUGGAGAGAAUUGUUGCAGAGUUCAUCUGUGAGCCGCGAGGAGCUUUUGGGCGUCUACAACAGUUUCUUGCGUCUCAUGAAGGCCUGCUGCAGCAACGGCAACAGCAGCCCCACCUCAGCAGCAGCAGCAGCUGCAGCAGCAGCAGCGCAUCGGCAGGCGUGGCGGCUGAUGCCCCCACUGGCACUGCUGUCUGCAGCACAAGUCCCAGGACCUUUCGUCGCUCACGCUGUGCCCCUUGUGCUGCAGUCUCUUGCUGCUGCUGCAUCCUUGCAGCAGCAGCAGGAGCAGCAGCAGCACGACAUGCUGCUGCAGGGCAUGGUGGACAGCUGCAAGCUGCUGGUGGCUUUGGGGCAGCGCGUGGAGCGAGCCCUUGCUUGUCGCAUUAACCAGCUGCUUGCUGCUGUUCUUGCUGCUAUUCAGGCGGUUACAGCAGCCGCAGCAGCCGUAGCAGCAGCAGCAGCAGCAGGUGGCAGUUCUGCUGCCGAGCUGCUGCGCAUGCAAGAGGCUCUGCACGCAGGGCUGUGGGCCCUUGUGUGUCUCUGUGGCCGCCACGGCAGCCUCCUCCUGAGCCAGCAGCAGCAGAAGCAGCAGCAGCAAGUGGAGCUGCAGCAGCAACUGCAGCGGGAAGUGCUGUUGCAGCCGCAGCUUUGUCUCCUCGCGGAGCUGCAGCGGCCGCCGGAGCUGCGACUUCUUUGCUUAGGGGAUGCGUCGGAACUAGCAGAAGCAUUUACACAAAAUGAGAAGCACAGUUUGCUGCUGCAGGCUUUGGGGGUGCAGCAGCAGACGCAGCAGCAGCAGCAGCAGCGGCGCCGCCAGCAGCUGCUGCUGCGGCUGCCAGCAGACCCCAUGCAUGCGCUUGCUGCUACCCUUCUCACCGCAGCAAAACCUGCGGCGCUGCUGCAGGCCGUCCUGCCGCAGCUGCGCGCCACUGGGGCGCGCCUCGCUGCUGCCAUCAGCAGCAGCAGCAGCAGCAGCAGCGUGGGGGUGGCUUCGUUUGAAGUGUCUAGACAGCUGGAGCUGCUAACCAUGGCUGUCAGCUGCCUCUCUCUGGCGGAGGCGCAAAAGAGACAAGCAGCGCUGCAGCAGCUGGCGCUGCUUGCAGUGAACAUCGUGACUGCUGCUGCAGCACAGUUUGACGAGCAGCAGCAGCAGCAGCAGCAGGAACAGCAGCAGCAGCAGCAGCAGCAGCAGGAACCCGCUGCGGGCAAAGCUUUUGUGGAGUUCUACGGGGGGCACAUAGACGAGACCCACGCGACUGCUGUGUGGGGCUCAAGCAGUGCAUCAACGCUGCAGCAGCAGCAGCAGCAGCAGGAUGAAGCAGCAGCAGCAGCAGCAGCACUGGCGCUGCCACAGCGUUCCUACAUUUGGAGAAUGGAAGCUGCUGCUGUUUCCUUCAUUUGCUGCUGGGCGCUGAAGCAUGACAUGCAGCAGCUGCGGGAAUGCCUGCAGCAGGUGCUGCAGGUGCUUCGCUUUUCCAGGCCGCUGCUGCUGCAGCAGCCGCAGCAGCAGCAGCAGCAGCAGCAGCCACAAGCACUGACAACGCAAGAAGCAGGAGGGGCCCGACUGUAUGCCCUCAUUGUCACGGAGCUGCUGCGCUCUUAUGGGGAAGCAGGAGCAGCAGAAGGGCUGCUGCAGGACGCAGCAGCAGACCUUGCUGCUGCUAUUGACGCAGCAGCAGCUGCCGUGCACAAGCAGCAACAAAACAUAGCAGCAGCAAACCGAAGCCGCAGGAAGCAAAAGCAAGCUGCAGCAGGAGACAGCAGCAGCAGCAGCAACAGCAGCAGCAGCAGCAGGAGCACCGCGGCGCCAUGGUGGAUCUUUGAGGUUUGCUCUCCUGCGCUGGCGGCAUUGGGUGAAGGCCUGCAAUAUUGGAACAGACAGACGAACGGCCCCCUGCCGGAGCUGCUGGUUGAAGCAGCAGCAGCAGCUCUUACUGACGGCCUGCGGUGUCUAGGAAGCUGGCGCGCUUUGCCUGUGUCUGUGGGGGAGCCAGAAGCACUCGACGAAGCAAUUGCUGCAGCAGCAGCAGCAGCAGCAGCAGCAAAGCACAGCAGCAGCAAGGGAAGGAGCCUGCUGAUACCGCUGCUGUGGUUCAAGCUGCUGCAGCGCCUCGCUGUGCGGCUCUUUGACUUGCUCUUCGAUGAUCCGAAGCGGCUGGAGGCAGUUUGCUCUCGCGUGCUGCUGUCGCGGGAAGCAGCAGCAGCAGCUGUGGGACGGGGCGUGGUGCUGCUGCUGCAGCAGCUGUGGGUUGCGCACGGCGCUGCUUUUGCUGCUGCUGCAGCAAGCUGCUGCAGCGAUGCUGCUGCAGCAAUGAUGGAAGCAGCAGAUGAAGAAACAGAAGCAGCACUUAAGGCUCUCCUCAGGCAAAUUCACAGCAGCACGGGACUUCGACUCAUUAGCAGCUUGAAUGCCUAA